AUGCCUCUUGUUCGUCGGCACCAAGCUUCAUCGAAGGAGUCAGAUACGGAUGAGCAACCACUUGCACAACGGACCAGAUGCCAACCCGUGGGACCUGGCUUGGCGUCCGAGGCCCCGACUGCCACUCCAUCAUCCCGACCAACCUCUAUGUCUGUUCCAGAUCCACAGCCCUCGAGCGAUCUUGUCAGACCACCUCGACCCAAGGCUAAAGCUGAACGAGGGAAGGUUUCGGCUGUUAAAGAAGAAAUUAACCUGAGGUGGCAAUAUAAAUCCCACGCCCCGGCUAGACCUUCUCCUCGACCAACCGCUUCUUCUCAACCUGAUCCUUCCACUCAUCCUGAGCCGGCACCCUCUUCAUCUGGCCCUUCUGCUCCGCUAGGGUCUAUUCCUACCUCGCCUGGUCCAUCCACUCAACCAGGGUCCGCUUCCACCCAGCCUGGCCCGAGCAGGACUGCUCCAAACUCUUCCAAGCCUCGGUAUCUCCGUUACCGAGCCACUCUGCCCACAGAGUGGGGAAUGUGUGGCUCUCUCGCUGCUCCUACUAGAAAUAUCCUAUUGCGAGGUUGCCUAGCAUCUCAGUGA